CCUCCCCUCCAGGACACUUUCGUUUCCCAGAGAUGGAGGAGAAGCAGCUGGUGCUCAGGCUGCAGGCCCAGGACCUGUCGUGCUCGGUGUGUAUCAGCCGCUAUGUGUACCCCUGUACCCUACCCUGCGGGCACACCUUCUGUAAGAACUGCAUAGACAAGUACUGGCAUGAGAAUACUAAGUGCAACUGCCCCGUGUGCCAGAGGAGAUUCAGGGAGCAGCCGGAGCUCAACAAGAACACAGACAUAUCUCACCUUCUGGAGGCGCUACAGGCCCAGGACAGCAGAGCCCAUGAGCACUGCACAUCCUGCAAUGGAUCCGAGGCGCUUAGGUUCUGCCUCCCCUGCGGGGCCCCACUGUGUGGAGACCACCUGGUACUGCACCAAGACCUGCCUGGACGCCAGCGCCACCUGCUGGUAAAUCUCCCCACUGCACCAUGGCCCUGCAGACAGCAUUCCAGGGGCCUGGAGUACUUCUGUGUGCCGCACGGCACCCCCCUGUGUCCAACCUGUGCCCCACAGCAUGAAGAGUGCCAGCCUGUGCCCCUGCUGGAGCUGUACAAGAAGAAAAGGGAAAAUAUCGGGAAGAAAAUCACUUACAUGGAACAGAGUAUAAAAAGUAAGGAGCUCAGCAUCCGCAGCAAGGAGGACGCCUACCGCCAGAUCAAGAUUUUUAUCUGUGAUAUUAAGGAUAAUCUGACCAGGGACUUCAGGGAGAUGCGGGACUAUCUGGAGAAGCAGGAGCGUGCAGCAUUCUGGAGGAUGAAGCAGGAGCAGGAUGUUGCUCAGAGGGAGAUGUCCCAGUUGGUACAGAAUGUGACCCUGGAGCAGGAUGCCAUGAUGAGGAGGAAGAUAGAACUGGAGGAGCAGCUGGAGAACGACUGGAUAUCAAUGCUGAAGGAUGAUAGAUCUGAGACUUUCACAUCUCCAUCAGUGUCCCGUAGCACGUACACAUUUGAUGAGAACCGGAUUGUGGACACUACUGAUGCUGUGACCCAAAUGAAACGGAGUCUCCUGUCUCACAUAAUGCUGGAGGACACCCCCUGCCCACCCAAACAAGUGCUGGAGGACUCCUUAGUAUUAUCUUCUGGAUUUGCACAGCCUCAGGAACCAGAGGUCCGUGCCAGUCUUCCAGUGAAAGCCCCCAGCCGCCUUCUACAGUGGGCGGUCGUUGUCUCUUUUGACCGGGAUACUGUCAGCUGUCGCCUGUCUCUUUCCCCGGAUCUGAAGACAGUGACGGUGGCUGAGAAGAAUUACUCCUACCCAAAGAACGAGCGCAGGUUCUCCAGCUGCCAAGCUCUCUGCUCUGAAGGCUUCGUCUCUGGGCGUAUCUACUGGGAGGUCAGUUCCGCAGACAGCGACGGAUGGGGCAUCGGUGUGGCAGCGUCAGAAAUCAGCAAACAUCACCAACUUGGAGAGAACGACCUGUCCUGGUGCUUGAAAUGGAACAAGGAGCGUCUGAGCGCCUUGCACAAGAAUGAGGAGAUCGGGGUACUGCUGCCUCGACCCCUUGUAGUGGGUGUGCUCCUGGACUGCACAGAGAAGACGGUCUCCUUCUAUUCUAUCACCCCGGACACUCAGAUACUCAUCCACACAUUCACAAUCCAUUUCCAGACACAAAUGUUUCCGGCCGUUUGGUUGUUUGGUCUGAACAAAGGAAAAUCUCUGACAAUACGCGACAUAAGAAGAACGGCUGUAUGAGCCCAUUUCCAUCAAACCCCAUCACGUCUGUCGUCUUCUCUGGAACAUUCUAUAUGGUGCCUUGACCAAAAACAAACCUCAAUGUCAACCUCCAGGAAAAAGGCAGAUCCUCCAUUACAGUCUGAUGAAUACUGUGGUGCCAGAAAGUGAGGAAGGCUGGGGAGCUAGAGUAUAAUGAAUGCUGGGGGGCUAGAAUAUGAUGAAUGCUGG